UUCUCAACAUGAUUUUGAAGAAUAUACUGAAAUGGUUGUAAAAUUCCAUGAUCUCUCCCUUCAAAUUCCAUGUAAGACAAUGCAUGUUGUUACGAUGUCAAUGUAUGAAAUCCACCGAGAAGGCUUAAUACAUAAUUUGGUUAUGCAAUCACGAUCACAGAGAGAUCAGAUUUUGGCAAAAAUGGCAUCUUACUAUCAAGAGAUGUGUAAACAGUUAGGAGAGGAAUAUGAAAAAAUGUCAAAUGAAGCUUUGACAGCACCUGGUAAUACUGCUGAAUUGAUGGAAUACAUUGCAAAGGUCCGGGUUAUGGAAAGUCAGACUGAUUUUGAAAUGGAGGAACGAAUUCGUGAAGUAUGUCGCUACUUGCUUUUCCUUGUCGACUACACAACAUUCACACCUUUGGAAAUGGAACAGAAUGCCAUUACAUUUGAAUGGUUUAGGCGCAUGCCCAGUGUUUUUGAUGAGCAUCGUGCUAUUGUAGAACAAAAAACUUUGGAAUUCCAAGAGGCCCUUAAGACUAAAAUUAAAGCUUUUGAAGAGGACUUAGAGUUAUAUGACAAACGAGCAGAUGAAUUUGAAACAUUUGGAGAACUUGAUAAACUGCCAAAGUAUUUGAAGAAAGCCCAACGUUUAGAUGCACGUGUUCAGAAAGCUCUUGAGCAGAUUGAUCGUUUCAAUGAAGAAGAACAAGCAUUUGGUUGGGAAUUAUCCCAGUAUCCUCUACGAAAAAAGAUUGCUGACAAAUUAGCGCCUUAUAAGAAGCUGUAUGAAAAUGCUACAGAAUUUAUAGAAAAGCAUGAAUUAUGGAUGACAAGUAAAGUUGGUUCAUUCAAUCCUGAUGAUAUAGAUCAAGAGGUUUCAACUUUAUACAGAACAAUAUAUAAAUUAGAAAAGCAGUUUGGAGAUGUUCCACCAGCAAAGGACCUGGCUAACACAGUACGUGUUCAAAUAGAAAAGUUUCGUGAAAACAUGCCAAUUAUACAGACUCUUGGAAAUCCUGGCAUGAAGGAACGUCACUGGGAAAAAGUGUCAGAGAUAGUUGGCUUUCCCAUAAAACCAGAUUUCGAACUCUCAUUAUCCAAAGUUAUAGAUUUUGGCCUAGAAGAUUUUAUCCCACGAUUUGAAGCUAUAAGUGAGUCUGCAACAAAAGAAAACAAUUUGGAGAGAGCUCUGGAGAAGAUGAAGAAAGAAUGGGCUGAUAUGGAGUUUGCAGCGAUUCCAUAUCGUGACAGUGGAACUCACAUUUUAUCAGCAGUUGAUGACAUUCAAGUUUUGCUGGAUGAUCAUAUUGUUAAAACACAGACUAUGAAGAGCUCACCAUACAUUAAGCCUUUCGAAGCUGAAAUACUACAGUGGGAAGGAAAACUGAUAUUGUUGCAGGAAAUAUUAGAUGACUGGCUUAGAGUUCAGUGCACAUGGCUAUAUUUGGAGCCUAUUUUCUCUUCACCAGAUAUUCAAAGCCAGAUGCCUGAAGAAGGAAGAAAAUUCAGUGCCGUUGAUAAGAUAUGGCGUGAUAUAAUGAAAACAGUUUUGCUUGAUACAAAAGUGUUGGCUGUUAUUGAAAUUGAUAAAAUGUUAGAACGCUUAAAGAAAUGCAAUUCUUUAUUGGAGAUGAUACAGCGUGGACUAAAUGACUACUUGGAUAAGAAAAGAAUAUACUUCCCAAGAUUCUUUUUCUUGUCAAAUGAUGAACUGCUUGAAAUUCUGUCAGAAACAAAGGACCCAACAAGAGUCCAAGUUCAUCUGAAGAAGUGUUUUGAAGGAAUAGCAAAACUGCACUUUACAGAAGAAUUGGAUGUAACUUCUAUGAAAUCAAGUGAAGGGGAGGAGGUAGCCCUUGUUGAUGUAAUUUCCACAUCUCUGGCACGUGGACAAGUUGAGAAGUGGCUGUUGGAACUUGAGGGGGACAUGAAGAAAAGUGUUCACACGAAAGUGAAAGAAUCUUUGCUGGCAUAUCCAACAAAGAAGAGAGAUGAAUGGGUUCUGGAAUGGCCAGGUCAAACUGUAUUAGCAGUUUCAAUGACUUUCUGGACUUCAGAAGUACAUGAAGCAAUCAGGAAAGGUCCUAUGGGCCUCAGUCAAUAUCUUGAUAUGAGUAAUGAACAGAUAGACAGAAUAAUUGACUUAGUUAGAGGAAAACUGUCUUUGCAGAACAGGAUUACUCUAGGUGCUCUUGUGGUUUUGGAUGUCCAUGCUAGGGACGUGCUUGCAGGGAUUAUUGACAAGAAUGUUUUAAAAGAUGAUGACUUCCAGUGGUUAUGUCAACUUCGUUAUUAUUGGGAGGAGGGCCAGAUGGUUACUCGCAUGAUAAAUUCCCAGUUAAUGUAUGGCUAUGAAUACCUGGGCAACUCACCAAGGCUUGUUAUAACGCCACUCACUGAUAGAUGCUACAGGACACUGUUUGGUGCCUUACAUCUACAUUUAGGUGGUGCCCCAGAAGGUCCUGCAGGCACAGGAAAAACUGAAACAACAAAGGAUUUGGCCAAAGCUGUUGCAAAACAGUGUGUUGUAUUCAACUGCUCAGAUGGGCUUGACUACCUUGCCUUAGGAAAAUUUUUUAAGGGACUAGCUUCUUGUGGAGCAUGGUCAUGUUUUGAUGAGUUCAAUCGAAUUGACCUUGAAGUAUUGUCUGUUGUUGCCCAACAGAUACUAACAAUACAGAGGGCAGUAAAUGCAGGUGUUGUGUCAUUAGUUUUUGAAGGAACUGAAAUAAAGUUGGAUCCAACUUGUGCUGUAUUUAUAACAAUGAAUCCAGGUUAUGCUGGACGAUCAGAACUGCCUGACAAUCUAAAGGCAUUGUUUCGAUCUGUAGCAAUGAUGGUUCCAGAUUAUGCUUUGAUUUCUGAAAUUGUUCUGUAUUCCUUUGGCUUUGUAAGUGCACGGCCUUUAGCAGUUAAAAUUGUGGCAACCUACAGGCUUUGUUCAGAGCAACUGUCAUCUCAGCAUCAUUAUGAUUAUGGGAUGCGAGCAGUGAAAUCUGUGUUAACUGCAGCUGGAAACUUAAAACUGAAAUAUCCACAAGAAUCAGAGGACAUUCUAAUGCUACGAUCAAUCAAGGAUGUUAAUUUGCCUAAGUUUCUUACACAUGAUCUUCCUUUAUUCCAGGGCAUUACUUCAGAUUUAUUUCCUGGUGUAGAACUUCCAGCACCAGAUUACACAAUUUUAAACAGAGAAGUUGAGACAGCUUGUGAAACACACAACAUACAGUGCACAGAACCUUUUCUUGAAAAGGUGCAGCAAAUAUAUGAAAUGAUGAUAGUACGACAUGGUUUCAUGAUAGUUGGUUUUCCAUUUGGUGGGAAAACUACAGCUUACCGCAUGUUAGCUGCUGGUCUAGCACUGAUUGAGGAAAAGGGUGAAAUGGAUGAACAUAAAGUAGAAAUAAUUGUGAUAAAUCCUAAAUCAAUUACAAUUGGGCAGCUAUAUGGUCAGUUUGACCCAGUUUCCCAUGAGUGGUCUGAUGGUGUAUUGGCUGUUAGCUACAGACAAUUUGCAAUUUCUCCUAACUUGAACAGAAAAUGGCUGAUAUUUGAUGGACCAGUGGAUGCUGUCUGGAUUGAGAAUAUGAAUACUGUUCUAGACGAUAACAAAAAAUUAUGUCUGAUGUCAGGAGAAAUUAUUCAGUUAGCUCCUACUACAAACUUGAUCUUCGAACCUAUGGACCUUGAAGUAGCUUCACCAGCCACAGUUUCACGCUGUGGAAUGAUUUAUAUGGAACCUGUUACUCUUGGAUGGCAGCCCUUACUUAUGUCUUGGAUGAAUACACUUCCAUCAGGUCUACCUGAGCUACAUCGUGCAGUUGUAGCAGCACUUUUCAAUCGUUUCUGCCCACCGUUGCUUUACUUUGUUAGAAAAGGUGGAUACAGGGAAUUAUGUUCUACAUCAGAAUCAAACAUGGUCCGAGCAACAAUGAAUAUGUUUGAUUGCUUCAUUGAAGAUUUUAAGGAUGAAAAAUACAUGGAAGAAAUAUCACAUCUUAACAUGAGAGCUCAAUUAGAGGGAAUAUUUUUCUUCUCUAGUGUUUGGUCCUUGGGUGGCACACUUGGUUCCACAGGGCGUCUAAAGUUUGACUUGCUUUUUAGAGGUCUUUUAGCUAAGGAGUUUCCUGCAGAUUUGAAAACUGAUUUUGGGCUUCUGGAAGAUGUUCCACCACCAUUCAAACCAUAUAUUACUCUCAUUCCAUCAGAAGGUCUUGUGUAUGACUACAGAUACUUUAAGGAGGGCAUAGGGCGUUGGAGACCAUGGACAGAAGAACUUGAAACUGCUCCACCUAUUCCCCGAGAUAUACCAGUUAAUCAGAUAAUUGUGAUUACUGUUGAAACAAUACGAAACUCUGCUGUUCUUCAACUCUUAAUUACUCACCAGAAGCCAGCUAUGUUUGUUGGCCCAACAGGAACAGGAAAAUCUGCCUACAUAACAGACCUGUUGUUGCACAAAGUGGAUGGAAACGUUUACAAGCCAUUGUUUAUUAAUUUUUCUGCACAGACUACUGCAAAUCAGACUCAAGAUAUAAUUAUGAGUAAACUUGAUAAGCGAAAGAAAGGAGUGUUUGGGCCACCACUGGGCAAAAAACUUGUUGUAUUUGUUGAUGAUGUGAAUAUGCCUUUGAAAGAAACAUAUGGUGCCCAGCCUCCAAUAGAAAUUCUGAGACAGUGGCUGGACCAUUGGACAUGGUAUGACAGGAAGGAAAUAGUACCAAUGAAACUAAUUGAUGUCCAGAUAGUGUGUGCCAUGGGUCCAGCAACAGGUGGGGCUAACACAGUCACACCUCGAUUUCUUCGCCAUUUUAAUGUUCUCUGUAUUGAUGAAUUUGAUGAUUCAACAAUGUUGACAAUAUUCAGCAAAAUUAUGUUGUGGCAUCUCGACACAAGAGGUUUCAGUAAGGAAUUUGAUCCAUGUAUUACUGAAAUUGUUGGAGCAACACUCGAAAUAUAUAAACAGUCCCGAGCUAACUUACUGCCAACCCCAACAAAAUCUCAUUAUCUUUUCAACCUCAGGGAUUUUGCAAGAGUUAUUCAGGGUGUCCUUUUAUCUGUGCCUGAAGCAACAGAAGAUCUGCUUUCAAUGAAGCGAUUGUGGGUCCAUGAGGUGCUCCGGGUUUACUAUGACAGAUUGGUGGAUGAUGCUGACAGAGACUGGAUUUUUGAUACCUUACAUGAUGUUGUAGCUGAACAUCUGAAUGAAGACCUUGAUAAAAUGUUUAAGCACCUGCUACCAAAAGGACAAAAAAGGGUUGGUGAAAGUGAAUUAAGAAAUCUUAUUUACUGUGAUUUCGCAAAUCCUAAAGCAGACUCAAGAAAUUACCUUGAGGUUUUAGAUUUAGAUCACUUGCGCUCAGUAUGUGAAGGAUAUCUUGCAGAAUUCAACAACAUGUCAAAGAAGCCUAUGAAUCUUGUUCUCUUCAGGUAAUUAUUUAAAUACAUCUACAAUAUGGAAAUCACUUGGUAAAGAACAUUUUCAAUAAUGUUUAGUAAAAAAUGCUUUUGCAGGUUUGCAAUAGAACAUCUUUCUCGUUUGUGUCGUAUUUUAAAACAGCCUCGCAGCCAUGGUCUGUUAGUUGGUGUUGGAGGCUCUGGGAGGCAGUCCCUUACACGUCUCGCAUCUCAUAUAUCUGAGUAUGAGCUGUUUCAGGUUGAAAUAACAAAAUUAUAUGGGAUGACAGAAUGGCAUGAAGACAUAAAAACAAUUUUGAAACGGACAUGUUCUUCUGAUCAGCAUGUUGUAUUUCUGUUCACAGACUCUCAGAUCAAAGAAGAGUCCUUUCUUGAAGAUCUCAGCAACCUUCUGAAUUCUGGAGAAGUUCCAAAUAUAUUUCCAACAGAUGAAAAAGCAGAUAUUUGUGAAAAAAUGCGAGUAUUUGAUCGUCAACGGGAUAAAUCUGUUCAGACCGAUGGCAGUCCAGUGGCACUAUUCAACCUUUUUGUACAAAUUGUAAGAGACCAGCUGCACAUUGUUCUUGCAAUGAGCCCAAUUGGUGAUGGAUUUAGAAAUAGCAUUAGAAAGUUUCCAGCAAUAAUUAACUGCUGCACCAUUGACUGGUUCCAGUCAUGGCCUGAGGAUGCUUUGCUUGCUGUUGCAACCCGUUUCUUGUCUGAGGUUCAGUUAGGUGAUGAAGAGAGAAAAGCAUGUAUUGAUAUGUGUCAAGAAUUCCAUACAUCUACUCAGGAUCUGUCAACUGAGUUCUUCUUGCGCCUGCGGAGGCACAGUUAUGUUACACCUACUUCAUAUCUUGAAAUGAUUAAUACUUUCAAGGAGCUAUUAUCAAAAAAGCGAGAAGAAGUUCUGAAAGGAAAGCAUCGAUAUGAAGCUGGAAUAGAGAAGCUAGAUCAUGCUGCUGAACAGGUAUCAGUGAUGCAAGAAGAACUUACGGCUCUGAAACCAAAGCUUGUUGCUGCUGCUGAGCAAGUGGAAGCUAUGAUGCAGACUGUACAAAAGGAGUCUGCUGAUGUAGCUGAGGUUGAAAAAGUGGUGAAAGCUGAAGAAGAAGUUGCAAACCAGCAAGCAGCUGCAGCUCAAGAAAUUAAAGAUGAAUGUGACAGCAGAUUAGCUGAAGCAAUGCCAAUACUCGAAGCAGCACUGGCUGCUUUGAACACACUAACAGCAGCUGAUAUUACUAUCGUAAAAACAAUGAAGAGUCCUCCAAAAGGAGUGAAAUUGGUGAUGGAAGCUAUCUGCAUUCUCAAGGAUGUAAAACCUGAUCGUAUACGUGAUCCAAGUGGAAGGAUGAUAGAAGAUUACUGGCCUCCAUCAAAACGUGUACUUGGUGACAUAAAAUUCUUGGAAAGUUUAGUAACAUUUGAUAAAGAUAAUAUUCCAGAGAAGGUUAUGAAACAGCUUACUGCUAGAAUAUUGACUGAUGAAAAUUUUGAUCCAGAUAAAAUAAGAAGUGCAUCAACAGCUGCAGAAGGACUUUGCAAGUGGGUGAUAGCAAUAUCAAAGUAUGAUAAAGUAGCAAAAGUAGUUAACCCAAAGAAACUUCUGCUGGCAGAGGCAGAAGCAGAAUUUGCUUGUGCAAUGGCCGCUUUGGAAGUGAAACGUACACAAUUGCGUGAAGUUCAAGCAAAACUUGCUCAUCUCGAAAAAGUUUUGGAGGAUAACAAAAAUAGGUAUACUAUACUGCAAAAUGACGCUGAUUUGUGUGCGAAGAAGUUGCAGCGAGCAGAGGAACUGAUUGGUGGAUUAGGUGGUGAGAGGAAUCGAUGGUCCAAUACAGCUCAUAUGUUGGGGGAGAAGUACUACACUUUAACAGGUGAUGUCCUUAUUGCAUCUGGUGUUGUAGCCUAUCUUGGGCCAUUCACCAUGCAGUUCCGAGCACAACAGAUUACUAGUUGGGUGAACAAAGUGGAGAAACUAGGUAUUACAUGCUCACAUGAUUUUGCACUAACUGCUGUGCUUGGUGAACCAGUUGAAAUACGAGCAUGGAACAUAUGUGGGCUUCCCACUGACACAUUUUCUGUUGAUAAUGGAAUUAUUAUAAAAAAUGCCAGAAGGUUUGCUCUCAUGAUUGAUCCUCAAGGUCAGGCAAAUAAGUGGGUGAAAAAUAUGGAGGAACCAAAUCGUCUGAGUGUUAUUAGAUUAAGUAAUGCUGAUUAUGUCAGAGUAUUAGAGAAUGCUAUCAGAUUUGGACAGCCAGUGCUUCUUGAGAACAUAGGUGAAGAAAUAGAUGCUGUGCUGGAGCCAGUGUUACUGAGACAGACAUUUAAGCAAGGAGGUGCACUCUGCAUAAAAUUAGGUGAUUCUGUUGUUGAAUACUCAAUGGAUUUCAGAUUCUAUAUAACAACUAAACUGAGGAAUCCUCAUUAUCUGCCAGAAAUUGCUGUGAAAGUAACUCUAGUAAAUUUUAUGAUUACACCUGCUGGUCUGCAAGAUCAGCUAUUAGGCAUUGUAGUGGCGAAAGAAUUGCCUGCCUUAGAAGAGGAAAAGAAUCAGCUAAUUGUACAGGGUGCUGAAAAUAAAAGGAUGCUGAAAGAAAUAGAAGACAAAAUUCUUCAUGUGUUAUCUGCAUCAGAAGGAAAUAUCUUGGAAGAUGAAACAGCUAUUCAGGUAAUAAGUUCUUCAAAAGUAUUGGCCAAUGAAAUUCAAGAGAAGCAGGCAGUGGCUGAAGUAACAGAGAAAACUAUUGACAAAGCUCGUUUGGAGUACACACCUAUAGCUGUUCACUCUACAGUUUUGUUCUUCAGUAUAGUUGACUUAGAUAACAUAAAUCCAAUGUACCAGUAUUCUCUGAUAUGGUUUGUCAAUUUGUUCAAAGUAGCAAUUGAUAACACAGAAAAAGAGUUUGAAAUAGAAAAAUGGCUUGCGUCACUCACUAGAAAUUUUACAUAUUCACUGUAUGUUAAUAUAUGCCGCAGUCUCUUUGAGAAGGACAAACUGCUAUUCUCACUCUUAUUAACUGUGAAUUUGCUUCGAAACAAAAAUGAGUUGGACAAUGCAGAAUGGAUGUUUUUUCUCACUGGUGGUGUGGGAUUGGACAACCCCUAUCCAAAUCCUGCUAAGUGGCUUCCACAGAAAUCAUGGGAUGAGCUGUGUAGACUUAAUGAUCUCCCAAACUUUAAGGGCGUUCGAGUUGAUUUUGUGGACAGCAUUGAUAAAUGGAAAAGAGUAUUUGAUGACCCAGAACCACAUAAUUGCCCAUUGCCAAAACCUUGGAAUGACAAAUUGAGUAAUUUCCAGAAAAUGUUGAUCUUCCGGUGCAUUCGAUCAGAUAAAGUGGUGCCUGCUGUCCAUAGAUUCGUCCUUGAGAAUCUAGGAAAAGAGUUUGUUGAACCUCCGCCUUUUGAUCUGACGUCAUCUUACUGUGAUUCACACUGCUGCAUACCAUUAAUAUUUAUCUUAACACCGGGAGCAGAUCCUACUGCUGUUCUACUUAAGUUUGCAGAUGAUCAGGGAUUUGGUGGAAGCCGGCUGGCCUCUUUAUCCUUAGGGCAAGGACAAGGCCCGAUUGCCUUGCAGUUAAUAGAGGAAGCUUCAAAGAACGGUAGCUGGGUACUGCUACAAAACUGUCACCUUGCCAAAAGUUUCAUGCCAUCUUUGGAAAAGGUUUGUGAAAGCUUUACACCUGAAACAACACACCCGGAUUUUCGAAUGUGGUUAACAUCUUAUCCUGCGGAUCACUUUCCAGUCACAGUGCUGCAGAAUGGUGUCAAAAUGACAAACGAGCCUCCAAAGGGUUUGAGAGCCAAUAUAUUAAGGUCAUACUUGAGUGAUCCAAUAUCUGAUCCAGACUUCUUCGAAAGCUGCAAUCAGCCAUUGAAUUUUAAGCGACUCCUUUUUGGAUUAUGCUUCUUCCAUGCACUGACACAAGAAAGGAGAAAAUUUGGUCCUCUUGGAUGGAAUAUACCAUAUGAAUUUAAUGAGACUGAUCUUCGUAUCAGUGUGAGACAACUGCACAUUUUCUUAAAUCAAUAUGAGGAUGUGCAGUUUGAUGCUCUUCGUUACUUAACUGGAGAAUGCAAUUAUGGGGGUCGUGUUACCGAUGACUGGGAUCGACGAUGUCUCAACACUAUUCUUGCCAAGUUUUACUGCAAAGAACUUCUUGAAGAAGAUUUUUAUCCAUUUGACCCAACAGGAAAAUACUAUGCUCCAAAAGAAACAACCUAUGAAGCAUAUUUAAACUAUACACGGUCCUUACCUCUAAUUACACACCCAGAAGUUUUUGGAAUGAAUGAAAAUGCAGAUAUUAUGAAAGAUCAACAGGAGACUGAUCUUCUCCUCAGCAGCAUGCUCCUGACCCAGGACACAUUAGGGGGAGACACAGGAGCUAAAUCCCCUGAUGAAAUAGUACUUGAUGUAUCAGGUGACAUUCUAAAUAAACUUCCUGAAAACUAUGACAUAGAAGCUGGAAUGCGGAAAUAUCCAGUUUCUUACAACCAAUCAAUGAACACUGUGCUUGUACAAGAAAUGGGACGUUUUAACCUUCUACUAAGCUGCAUUAGAUCAAGUCUGCGAAAUGUCCAGAAAGCAAUAAAAGGUUUGAUUGUAAUGUCUUUUGAACUGGAAGAAGUAGUGUCUAGUAUUCUAACUGGCAGAGUUCCAGGUUUGUGGCAGAAGCAUUCUUAUCCAUCUCUUAAGCCGCUUGGAAGUUAUGUCAAUGACUUUCUAGCUAGGCUGCAGUUUCUGCAGAAAUGGUUCGAUGAAGGGCCACCACCUGUCUUCUGGGUUUCUGGAUUUUUCUUUACACAGGCAUUCUUGACUGGUGCACAACAAAAUUAUGCUCGAAAAUAUUCCAUUCCCAUUGAUCUGCUAAUAUUUGAUUUUGAGAUGAUGUCAGAGGAGACAUACGAUACUCCACCAGAUGAUGGGGUUUAUAUUGAUGGACUUUUUCUCGAUGGAGCAAGGUGGAAUAAGGAAAUUCAUUCCCUUGAUGAAUCAGAGCCUAAAAUACUCUACAGUGUUGUGCCUGUUAUAUGGCUCAAACCUAUAGAGAAGUCUGAAUUUGUGCCAGGUGAGACAUACACUUGUCCUGUAUACAAAACUUCUGAGAGACGUGGUGUGCUAUCUACAACAGGUCACUCAACAAACUUUGUGAUAGCUAUGCUAUUACCAACUUCUAAACCACCCGAGCAUUGGAUAUUAAGAGGUGUAGCAAUGUUAUGUCAGCUGUCACAGUAGCAAAAGAGCUUUUGUUCUUCACUUUGUUUGUUUUCCCUUAUUUGUAAAUAUGUAUUUAUAUAUAUCUUUAUAUAUCUAACUGUAUAUUGAUGAGCAUUAUUUUUGUAAUAAAGAAGCUAAUGUGC